AUGGAACGAGGGACGGCCGGCUCGUCAUUCCUUCUUGUGGGGUGGGUGGUCCUUGCCGAGUGUCUCCUACUACUGGUCGAACCUACCCUCGCGGUCCACUUCACCGCUAUGGCGAGUGGGGACUCGCUCAGCGUUGCCGCGGGCGACUACGAGGAGUCUGUUGUCAUCCUCUCUGACGACAUUGCCAUCCAUUUUGAAGCGGGCGCAAUCGUCAAUUGCCCUUCCGCAGCUAACGCGAGUGGAGCGUGGCUCAGUAUCUACAGCACCGUCGCCAUGACUGGAGAGCUCACCCUCAAAGAUGGGGGGAUAGCGGUGCUUUCUUCUGCCGCCUCGUUCAACCAGAGCGGCAAGAUCGACAUCACCAUUGUCGCCUGUUCUGGAUUGGCCGCCAACACCCAAUGGCAGCAGAACGGCCAGGCCACCAUCACGGCCCAGACCCAAAGCCCGGAUUUCUCGACAAGCUCUGGCACGCACACUAUAUUGCGCUGGAACCAGCUCACGUUCUAUUGUCUUGCCCCAGCCGUGCAGAUUGAGAACCUGUGGCAGCAGGACGGGACUCUUCAUCUGAUCACCCAGAUGGGCGUAGGGGUGGAGUUGGCAAUCAAUUCGGCGACUUGGCAACAGAACGGACCCGCCAAUUUCGAGGUGUCGGCAGGAUGGCAGGGCCAAGACCUGCUGCCCGCCACCGGCAUUACCCUCGGCAUCGCGCCAGCGUGGAAUCAAGUCGGCAGCCUGUACCUCUAUGUCGCCGGUCCCGGCCUUUACUGCGACCCGGACCUAAACGCCGGGUGGACCAGCGACGGGCCCGUCGAGGUGAACGCCACCAACAGCGCCGUGCGCGGCCCGUGCAAGCCGAUGAACGGCAUCAACUCGAGCCCGUCGCCGUCUAUCACCCCUACGCCCAGCCCCACGCCGUCGGUCACACCAUCGGUCACUCCUACGCCCAGCCCCACACCGUCGAUCACGCCCACGCCGUCGGUCACGCCCAGCCCCACGCCCAGCCCGACGGCGACAUCGACACCAACGCCGUCGGCGACAGCAUCGACAACGAGGAGUCCGAGCCCGACGGCGUCGAUGACUGCCACCCCGUCGCCGACGUGGAGUCCGUUGACGAGCCCGUCGCCCACGCCGUCGGUGUCCCCGAGCUCGUCUCCGGUCUACCUGGUCUCCAACACCACCCAAGUGGCCGUGGUGCCCGUGCUGCUGUUCAACCUCACCGCGCCCGACGUCGUUCUCGUCCCCAAAGACAAUGAGGGUCGUGCGCGAUCGGAUGCGGCAGUGGGCACCAGCAUCGCCUUCAUCCACGAGCUUUCCGCCAACGGCUCCAUCGUCGAGGACGACCAGUUCAACUCCACCAGCUCGUUCCUCUUCAAGGCUGACCUCUUGACCGACGACCUCGACGCGGGGGUUGUCACAGGGCGCGCCAACGAAUCAUCGGCACCGCCACAGCCGCGGGUGGAGCUGCAGUUCUUCCUGUUCGAGAGCGCGUCGACGGUGUCGGUGGGCGCCGUGUCCUACGACGCGCUGCCGGCCUUCGCCAAGUUCACCGUGCGCCUCUUCUCCUGGCCCUGGACCACCCAGCCCCCUCUCGACGACGACGACAUCAACAACUCGACCACCACCACCAAUCCAACCAACUGCACGAUCGAGAUGCGGAUGAAGAUCACGCCGGCGUUCGUGUCGGCCACGCGGCGGCCCGACUACCCCUCGACCGGACUCACCACCUUUGUUCUGGCCGGCAAUGCCACGUCAUCAUCAUCAGCGUCAGCGUCAGCGUCGAAAACAACGGAGCUGCGGCUGGUGGAGAGCGUGGAGCUGGACGGGCGCCAGGUGAGCGGUGCGGGCGGGGUCGAGUUCGCGAUGGACGAGACCACGUCUGAGCUGGUGCUGCGGUUCGCGCGAUUCGAGUCGUCGCUGGUCUACGACCCCGACCUGGGCGUUCUCUUCGGCAGCUCGCCCACCAAGGGCGAUGGCGGCGGCGGCGACAAUUUGGGGCUGAUCGUGGGCGUGGCCGUGGCGGUGCCCGUCGCGGUGGUGGUCGUGGUGGCCGUGAUCGUGGCCGGGCUGGUGGUGACGACCGUCAAGAGAAGACGGCAACAACAGGCACGCGUCAACCAACUCGACCAGGUCAACUUCCAUGCGCUGUAA